GUAUUGAUGCCAGUUAUAGCUAUAGACCAGAUUGGGGUUGGCAAGGCCAUUGCUGCAGCUAUUGCCGCCGGUGAAGUGACCCGGGAGGAGCUGUUUGUCGUGUCCAAGGUUGGAAGUGGAGGUCUGAUUCCUGGUGCAGCCAUGGGUUACAAUGACACAAUGGUUCAGAUUGGCCCCAUUUUAUCAUCACUGCAGAUGAAGUACGUUGAUCUGCUUCUCAUACACUGGCCUAGACCACCUGGCAAGAGUAAAGAUCCAGCUUGGCAAGGUCAGCCAGCCACAUUCAACUUGUCGCCAGCAAACAUGGAAAGCUCUGCAGGACAUGUUCAAACAAGGUGA